AUGAGUAAAAUAGAACUAGUCAAGUACUUGUUUUCUCGGCCAAUUAUGAGGGGCCGAAUUGGCAAGUGGUCUUUAGCUUUAAUGGAAUUCAGUUUUCAAUAUAUCCCUCAAAAAGUCGUGAAGGGCCAGGCCUUAGCGGAUUUUCUCGCUGAUCAUCCACGCGUAGAUAUCGAUGAUGGACCUGAACAAGGACUGAACGCUCUUGAAAUAUCACUUACUCCUUGGACGUUGCUUUUUGAUGGAUCAAGGACUCAAGAGGUCUCAGGCUGUGGAGUAAUUAUCAUCUCUCCCCAAGGCCUGAGGACCGAAUUGUCUUUCCAAUUUGAUUUCCCAUGUACAAAUAAUCUAGCCGAAUAUGAAGCGGUUGUUAUAGGCCUUGAAAUUCUUAAGGAUCUAGAGGCUAGAGAAGUGCAAGUUAUUGGGGAUUCAAACCUUGUUAUCAAUCACUUGGCAGGGGCAUUCAAAUGCUAUAGUGAGGACUUAGCCUCUUAUUAUAUGGCAGCCAUGCAAUUAAUCCAAGAUUUUGAUAACGUCAUGGUCAAACACGUCUUAAGGAGUAUGAAUACUGAAGCCAACAGCUUGGCUCAGGCCUCCACAGGCCUGAGGUUAGCUCCAGAAACUAUUCACAAGAUUAUCAUAAUCCAAAAUAGAUUGUUACCUUCUGUAAGGAGAAGAGGUCUAGGACUGGAGGUAUUUACUUCUGAUUUCACGGGAGAAGAGUCAGACAAUGAACCCGAGAAUGAUUGGCGUACACCUAUUAUUUCUUUCCUCAAAAGGCCCCAUCAUAGAGCCUCUAGGAAGGUAAGGAGAAGGGCUAUUAGCGAUAUCCUCGUGGGUGACGAAUUAUACAAGAAAAGCUUUGAGGACAACUUACUUUUAAGGUGUUUAGGGCACCCUGAGGCCAUGAGGGUCAUGAUUGAAGUCCAUGAAGGAAUCUGUGGAGCUCAUCAAUCAGGGAUAAAGAUGAGAUGGCUAAUCAGAAGGUAUGGACACUAUUGGCCAACCAUCUUAGAGGAUUGUAUUCGUUUUUCAAAAGGAUGUCAACCUUGUCAAGCCCAUGGCCCAAUCCAGCGUGUUCCUGCAGCUGAUUAUCAUGUUGUGGUCAAACCUUGGCCUUUUAGAGGUUGGGCCCUUGACGUAAUUGGAAAAAUUUAUCCGCCCUCUUCAGGAAAUCAUACUUACAUCUUGGUAGCCACGAACUAUUUUACUAAGUGGGCAGAAGUAGUGCCAUUAAAGUCUGUGGAUCAAUAA